CUUAUAGAAUUUUUUGAGUAAUUUGAAAUAAUGUAUCUUUUAAACAGAUUAUCAGAAAUAGUCCAUCUAUGUUAUAAACGUUACCCAACCAGAUGUUUAACCUCUAAACCGUUCAUAAAUAUAGAAACUGAAAAAAAGCAAAAGCAUAAAAGUAUUGUAGUACAACAUAUCAAAGGUGUUUCUAUAAUUGGUAUAAACCGACCUGAAACAAAGAAUGCUCUAAAUGUUGCAGCUGCACAAGAACUAAUAGAUGAAUUAGAUAAAUUUGAAAAUGACGAAAACUCUGUAGUUGGUGUACUUCAUGGUUUCAGUGGAAAUUUCUGUAGUGGUUAUGAUCUUACAGAAAUUGCUCAGUACAAUGGAAAAAAUGAAGAAAUUUUACCACAGUUUGGGCCAUUGGCUAAUAGAAUUGAAUUAAGUAAAAAACCUCUAAUAGCUGCUAUAAAUGGAUAUGCUCUAGGAGUAGGCUUUGAACUUGCUUUAAUGUGUGAUCUAAGAAUAAUGGAAAACACUGCAGUAUUAGGAUUUGCAAAUAGAAAGUUUGGGAUUCCUAUAUUAUGUGGUGGUACUGUUCGAUUACCUGCUUUAAUUGGUUAUUCACGAGCAAUGGAUUUAAUCUUAACUGGUCGACAUAUUAAUGCAAAUGAAGCAUUUUCAUGGGGUUUAAUUAAUUGUCAUACAGAAACUGGUAAUGUAUUAGGAGAGGCAGUCAAAGUUGCAAUAUCACUUGUAAAGUUUCCCCAAAGAACAUUGCUUGCAGAUCGUGCUUCUGCACAUUAUGCUACAUUUUCUGCUAAACAAUUUAAGGAAGCUAUACAAUUUGAGAAAGACAAUGCAUCACAUUUAGUAUUUGAAGAAGGAGUUACAGGAGCGAAGAAGUUUGUUACGGCAGGAAUAGAAAAUAAUAGAAAAUUUUUUAAUGAUAAGGAAGAAACAUUUAAGGAGUUGAAUAAAGAUCUUUUGUAA